CCUCCCACCAUCUCCCGCCGAAACACCCCUUGCCGUCAUCCAGCCAGAGCCCUGCACAACCAGCAUGGUGACCACGACCACCAAGACCGCCAACGGUGGCGCGACCGCGCAGACCAAGAAGCGCCGCGCCUCGGCCUCAGGAGGCAGGAAAAAGCUCACGCCCUUCAACAAAUUCAUGCAGACCGAGACCGCCCGCCUCAAAGAGGAAAAGCCCGAGCUUGACAACAAGGAAAGGUUCAAGAUGGUGAUUGACAACUGGAACAAGCAGAAGGAAAAGGCAGCAGCGUGACCCUGUGCGUCAUUGCCGUCGCGUCUAGCCCGCGCACAGACCCCCGCCAUUUUCUCCGAGAAGGGAUAUCUACUCGCGCCUUUUCUCCCGCCUUGACUUCUUUCGACUGAACAGUUGGCAUUCUUGCUAGUUGUCUCAUCCUAUCUGGUUCCAAGCGUGUUCCUGUUUUCCGUGGCGUACGUGCUUAUGAUGCUGUAUACUAUUGCUAAUUUCAUUCGACCGUUGACAUCACUGAUCAUUGUU